CGUCGCACCUGUCGGUCAGUCUCUGGCAGCUCUGGUUUUUGGUUUACUCAUCAAAUAAAGCAGUUUUGUUCCUAAAUGGAGGGAGUGCCCUGUAUUCGUGUGUCCCGCUGUCAUGCACAGGAGUUCAGGAGAUGUCUGCAGAGCAGAGGAGCUUUGGAUGAGAGUUUCUGCUUAGUUAAAGACUCAGAUGGGACGGUCCUCCUGCCCAUUUUACCAUCCUGUCUGUCACAACUGGAUCUCCAAACACUCAAAAACACGCUGGAUCCAGAUGUUUGUGAAAUAGUUUGGAGUCAGUCUUCACUGCAGUCAAAGAAAGCCAGAGGAAGGACAGAUGGGAACAGACUAGAGAGAAUCCUGCAGGAUCUGCUGGAGUCUCAUGGUGAAAGCUUGGUGGAGGAGCUGAGGAGGGAUCUCCCUCGCAGCUUCCAGCGGCAUGGAGACCUUGUCCUCCUGGGGGACAACUGCUUUACCCUCCCGCUGUGGAAGAAAAUGGAUGGCCACUUGUGGGGUUCAGUAGCCAGAGGACUCGGGGCAAAACGUCUGGCAAAGAUGAGUAGAAUAUCCAGGGAUGGGUUUAGGUCUCCUGCUGUGAAGAUGCUGCUGGGGCAGCACAGCUGGGUCAUACAUGUGGACAACGGCAUCAGCUAUGAGUUUGAUGUUACCAAGUGCAUGUUUUCAGCUGGAAACAUAACAGAGAAACUCCGGGUGGCUGGAUUGGACUGCAGAGGAGAAACUGUGGUUGAUUUAUAUGCAGGUAUUGGAUACUUCACUCUUCCAUACUUGGUGCACGCCAAGGCCAGCCAUGUUCACGCCUGUGAGUGGAACCCUGAUGCUGUUGAAGCUUUACAGAAAAACCUCCAGGCAAACGGGGUAUCUGACCGCUGUGCCAUUCAUCAGGGAGACAAUCGCCAACUUCAGCUGUGUGAUGUUGCUGAUCGUGUGAAUUUGGGUCUCAUCCCGAGUUCUGAGGAUGGCUGGCCCGUGGCUUGCCGAGUGCUGAAGAGAAAAAGCGGCGGCGUUUUACACAUCCACCAGAACGUCACGUCGCCUUUGCAGACCACCAGAGCUAAUGAGCCAACUCACAACGUCUCCGGGAAAAAGGUUGACAAAGAGGUGUGGCAGGACUGGGCUGAAGCCACAGCGAUGCGUAUCGCCUCUCUUUUCAGGGACAUCACUGGUGCAUUGUGGGUAACGAACAUCCAGCAUAUACAGCACGUGAAGUCAUACGCGCCUCACGUUCACCAUGUUGUGCUGGACUUGGAGUGCAGGCCGUCCUGAACUAGCAGGUACUGUGGUGCUGAACGGCUGCUGUUUACUCUAGGGAGGAAAGAUAUGUUUCUGAUACAACCAAUCACUCAACCAGCAGGUCAGGUCAUGAAAUAUUUUUAUAAGCCUUUAUUUAUCCAAGGCAGGUUGACUGAGCGCAAACACCACCUCCAACUAAUAAUCUAAAUCACACGUGGCAGCUGCCCAGGAAAACUCCAGUCUCAUCUAGCCUGAGUGUUUUCAUACUUAUGGUACCUCUGAAGCGUUUCGACCUCAGUCUUUAGAUUGGGUUAUGGCACACAUGUACUCAUAAUCACAAGAACACUCAAGCUUCUCCACCACCAAUGUUGUUGAGUUUUUAGCCAGAGCUGAAAGUUAACAUCUAAAGGAAAUGUUAAUAAGAUGUGGAUACCAUGGGGGAGAUAAUGCUGAUGCUUCUGAGUGCUUUAAUGUGAGUGGACAUAAUGGAGGUCACAUGUUUGGGCUUCACAACCAUCAGGUCUGAACUCGGUUGGACAGAUAUCCCAAAUAAGGGAAUAUCUUCCGGAUGAAUGUGUUUUAUCCUUCAAGUGAAACUCGAUACGAAGGAGUACGGGCUGGUCAAAUACAUUCUUCUGUUUGUUUGUUUUUCUCCUUUUUGUAGCCACUUUAACAGUUACACUUAGGUUUCUGAAAGCAAAAAAGGGAAUUAUUUUUGUCUUCUGUCCAUAACUGCCUGGUUUCAGUGGUGGAGUAUGUUCAUAUCCUGUAAGUUUGGACUAACAGCAGGAGGAGGAUCCAUACAGACUCCCCCACUUAACAAUAUUGAAUUAAUCUUUUUACUUAUGAACAGUACAUGAUUAAAAGUAUUGAACUUAUGCUUCAAGUCAUGUUUUGGGUUUUUCUGAAUGAAUAUAUUUUUGUUUUGUAUUGUAUUUUUGCAUUCCUAACUUUAUGUUUGUAAGGAAAAGCUCAAGGAUUGCUUGAAUCAUUUCACUGAAAGAAUAAUAUAUAAAUCUGAGAUUUUAAAUCUUUGUUCUUGAUUUGAUGCCAGUCUUUUAAAAACACUUGAAUUGUUUAACUCCUGAGAAUAAUUAUCUGGUUUAGAAAUGUUUCCCAUGCAUCCUCUUUGUCCGUCAUCAGGGAACAGGCGGGGAACAUCCUGAAAGGGUUGCCAGUCUAUCCUAGAGCCGCACUGGGAUGAACUAGACCAGGGGUAGGGAACCCUGGUCCUACAGAGCCGCACUGCUGCAUGUUUUACAUGUUUCUCUGCUUCAUCACACCCUGACACAAAGGACUGUGUCAUCAACAGACUUGUGCAGACCUGGAUGAGAAGCUGAUGAUGACUGUUAAUUAGAAUCAGGUGUGGUGAUCCAAGGAGACAUCUAAAAAAUGCAGGACUGGGGGUCUCAAGGACCAGGGUUUAAGACCCCCUGAACUAGAAAAUCAAUCAUGCACACUCAAACUUAAAGAGAUAAUGCCAUGUAGCUCCUCUGUAUUCUUCUCCCUGAGCUGUCUCCAGGAUGAACUCGUGGUAUUCUACUGCAGACA